GAGAGAGAGAGAGAGAGAGAGAGAGAGAGAGAGGAAAGUUUGAAGUUGGCUGGUUGCAGUGGGUGAAAGAAUAUAGUUAUUUUUUUCAGGAGGAAAUGAAUAUUAGGAAUUGCUUGUUAUUUCUUUGUCCAUCAGAAGGAUAUCAUAUAACCAGAUAAGAAAGAGAACGAAAAAGAAAGAAAGGGAAAUAAAGUUUAAACGUUUUGAUGGAUUUGUUUCCCUUAGGUCAAACUAUUUCUUAACAGAAGUUGACUUCGAACCGGAUAACAGUUAUCGGGACAAACCAGUUCCAGUCUCUACCGUGUGCGCGCAUGAUAUCAUUACCCCAACAACCGGGUCACUGCGCGCUCCCAGACAUGGACGCAGGUCCUCUCAGCAGCGGAUAAGCACACGCGCUGUACCCGCGCAGUCUCGAGCCUCCUAAGCACGGGUGUGUGUGAGCCCCGUGGAGCUAAACGGUGGAGCCGGGAAGGGAGGUAUCGGAGCCAACCGUACUGGACAGUUCCCGGUUUACCGAGAAAGACUUUGAGCAACGAGAUGGACCGAAUAUGGAGAUCAACGCCCGGGGCAUCGCCUCCCCUCCUCCUUCUCCUCUCCCUCCUCUCCAUCACUGUUUUUCACGAGGCGACAGCGGCACAGGCAGCCAAUCCGGUGGACGUGCUGAGGAUCCUGGACCUAUCAGAGGACAUGGAGGGUGUGUCUCUGGAGGCGGGGCUCUGCACCAGUAGAGAGGGAAGAGAAGAGACGGACAUCUCCUUCAAGAUCAACAAGAAGAUCCAACUCAGUGUCCCUACAAAACAGCUGUUCCCAGGGUUCCCAGUGGACUUCUCUGUCCUGGCUACGGUACGUGCCCGGCGGGGUGCCCAGGUGUUCUUGCUGUCCCUGUACGACCCUCAGGGUACCCAGCAGCUGGGGUUAGAGGUCGGGAGGUCCCCUGUCUUCCUGUAUGAAGACCAGCAAGGCCUGCCUCCUCCUGAACUAUACCUGACCUUCAGGAAGAUCAACCUGGCAGACGGCAAAUGGCACAGGGUAGCGUACAGUGUGGAGGGUCAGUCAGUGACUCUGUAUCUGGACUGUGUGAAGGUGGAGAGUCUGGAGCUCCAGAGAGGUCUGAACCCAGAGGUCAGCACUGAAGGGGUCACUGUGUUCGGGACACGGCUACUGGAUGACCAGGUCUUCGAGGGAGAAAUCCAACAAUUGUUGAUCGUAGCCGACCCCAGAGCUGCAGAGACCUACUGUCAAGACUACAUUCCCGACUGCCACGCCCCUUUACCCUACGACAGCCUAUCACAAGAGACUGAGGAGGAGACAAAGCCCGCCAGGAGAGUGAAGGUGGAGGAGUUUGAUGAGUUUGACUACAGUGACCUUUACGACGACCUCUCUGUCUCCACGGUUACCGUGAGACCCAACAUCACAGAGUAUGAGAUUGUAGAGUACGAAGACUACGACAACGAAACAGAUGAGUACGAGGUCAGAGAGUAUGAAUACGAGGAGGAAUUUGAAGAUCGAUACGGAUUGGCCGAGAGGGAGAGGGCGGAGUCCUGGAACGGACAGGAAAGAAUAGAGAAAGGAGAGAAAGGAGAACAAUCCUACUUUGGAGCAAGCACCUUAAUCACAGGCCCCGGGGGUCUUCCAGGACCAGAGGGAGAACAAGGACCCCAGGGGCCCACAGGACUGGUAGGACCUCAAGGAGACCUAGGAGAACUGGGUCCUCCAGGCCGGCCAGGUCUCAACGGGGCUGAUGGGAUACCAGGUCCUCCAGGGAACAUCCUCGUUGUUCAGUUCCAGGCAGGUGGUGUCCAACUAACAGGACCAGUGAUAUCAGCCCAGGAGGCUCAAGCCCAGGCCAUCCUACAACAGACCAAGUUGUCUAUGAAGGGACCACCUGGACCACUAGGCCUUAUGGGACGUCCUGGACCGCUGGGUAACUCGGGUCCCUCGGGGCUGAAGGGAGUAGCCGGGAGAUGGGACCAGCGUCUCACUUUCUCUCGCCCCCCGCUCUCUCUCCCUCUCGGUUCUAGAGGUAUUAUGGGCCAAGCAGGGAUGAAUGGAAAGUCAGGGAAGAGGGGUCGAGCUGGGACGGAUGGGAACAGAGGUGCUCCGGGUGAGACCGGUGGGAAGGGUGACAGGGGUUUUGAUGGCUUGCCAGGUCUCCCAGGACACAAGGGACACAGGGGGGAGAUAGGAAAACCAGGCCCCCACGGUACAUAUCAACUUGGGCUGUCAGGAGAGAGGGGUUCAGAAGGACAACCAGGACCAAGAGGACAGCCAGGUGAUGCUGGUUCCAGAGGGUUGAACGGACCCAGAGGUCACACUGGCCCUACAGGUCAGCCUGGAAUCCGAGGAAUGGAUGGAAUCCAAGGUUCUAAGGGAAACUUGGGACCUCCGGGGGAGAUGGGAGCAUCCGGGCAGCAAGGAAACCCUGGGUUGCAGGGGUUUCCUGGUCCUCAGGGCCUGGUAGGCUUGCCAGGACUUAAGGGGCCCCAAGGGAAGAAAGGGUUACAGGGACUACCUGGGAAUGAUGGACCUACCGGUCACCCAGGGAGAGAGGGGACUCCAGGAGAGAAGGGACUACCGGGCCCACCAGGAGUCCAGGGGCCUAUAGGAUAUCCAGGAUCAAGAGGAGUGAAGGGAGCGGACGGAAUUAGAGGAAUGAAGGGAAGCAAAGGGGAGAAGGGUGAGGAUGGGUUCCCCGGCUCUAAGGGAGAGAUGGGGCUGAAAGGUGACGGGGGUGACAACGGGGUCCCAGGGUCCAGGGGAGAGGAUGGUCCUGAAGGACCUAAAGGACAGGCUGGACCCCUGGGGGAGGCUGGAGCCGUGGGCAUCGCUGGAGAAAAGGGUAAACUGGGAGUUCCAGGGUUACCGGGGUAUCCUGGACAAAAAGGACCGAAGGGUUCGGAUGGUUUUCCUGGAUCUAUUGGAGUUUUGGGAGAGAAGGGGAAGAGGGGGGUGCGUGGGGGCCGGGGUGCCAAGGGACCAACGGGGAAGACAGGGGGAAAGGGCUCCUCUGGACAUGAUGGACCCAAUGGACCAACUGGAGACAGGGGGCCUCAAGGGCCACAAGGACGGAACGGGGAAUCAGGACCCAAGGGACCGAACGGUCCAGCGGGGAAAGAUGGACUUCCGGGUCAUCCAGGUCAGAGAGGAGAGCCGGGUUUCCAAGGAAAGACGGGACCCCCAGGUCCAGGAGGUGUUGUGGGGCCACAGGGUAAAUCAGGUGAGACCGGGUCGUUGGGAGACAGAGGUCAUCCCGGGUCACCUGGCGUACCGGGAGAGCAGGGCUUACCUGGCGCCGCCGGGAAGGAGGGAGCUAAGGGGGACCCGGGCACAGGAGGGACUUCUGGGAAAGCUGGUCCUCCAGGACUUAGGGGCUUCAGAGGCAGCAGAGGGGCUGCCGGGGGCAUGGGUCCUGCUGGUCUGAAAGGAGGUGAAGGACCAGUCGGAGCAGCAGGAGCUAUAGGGGCCGGUGGUGAGAGGGGUCCCCCAGGGUCAGCCGGUGCCAUUGGUCAGCCUGGGAGGGCAGGGGCUGUGGGUGGACCUGGACCAAUGGGAGAGAAGGGGGAACCGGGAGGGGCGGGUCCCAUUGGACCAUCAGGACAGGAUGGAGACCAGGGACCUCUAGGACUACCUGGAGCUGCAGGCCCUGCAGGACCCCCAGGAGAGGAUGGGGAUAAGGGAGAGACUGGAGGACCAGGGCAGAAGGGCAGCAAAGGAGACAAAGGAGAAUCAGGCCCCUCAGGACCAACCGGUGGCCAGGGGCCGAUGGGGCAGUCAGGAGUUCCUGGUGUGGAUGGGGAGUCAGGUCCCAGGGGCCAGCAGGGAAUGUACGGGGCCAAGGGUGACGAGGGUCUCCGGGGUUUCAAGGGCUCCAAAGGACCCAUCGGACUACAGGGGAUGCCUGGUCUACCAGGGGAGAAGGGGGAGAGCGGACACAUCGGCUUGAUGGGUCGUCCAGGUCAGUUUGGUCCCAGAGGGCCACAAGGGCCUAGUGGGGGACAGGGUGCUCUGGGCAGUCCAGGUGGGGCUGGACAACCAGGGGUAAAUGGAGAGAAGGGGGAGGAUGGAGAAUCGGGAGACCCAGGACCCGUUGGUGUAUCAGGAGGCAGCGGGGAUAUAGGUGACCAGGGGGAGAAGGGGGACUCAGGUCUCUCUGGAGCAGCAGGGCCCCCAGGAGCCAGAGGCCCCCCAGGAGAGGAUGGGUCUAAGGGAAACUCUGGUCCGAUUGGUUUCCCAGGAGACUCAGGACAGCCAGGGGAGGCAGGACCCAACGGGGAGGAUGGAGGUCCUGGAUCCAAGGGAGAUGGUGGAGAUCCAGGGAAAUCAGGUCCACCAGGAGCAUCAGGGGAACCCGGGCCCUCAGGACCCCCGGGACGCAGGGGUCACCUGGGUAAAGAAGGGAAGCAGGGGAAAGCGGGGAUGAAAGGAGGGAAGGGAUCUCCAGGGUUGGAGGGUCUCCUGGGGAAGACGGGACCGGUGGGAGCCCAGGGACAUUCUGGUAAACCAGGUCCUAGUGGUCUCAGAGGGAUCCCUGGCCCAGCGGGGGAACAAGGUUUAAAUGGACCACCAGGCGUAACAGGACCACCAGGACCCAUGGGUCCUCCAGGACUACCGGGGUUGAAGGGAGAUCCAGGCAGGAAGGGAGACAAGGGUCAUGGAGGUCUGAUUGGGCUGAUUGGCCCUCCAGGAGAGUUUGGAGAGAAGGGAGACAGAGGAUUUCCAGGGAACCAGGGUCUACUGGGACCCAAAGGAGACGAGGGUCUGGUUGGUCUAGCAGGUCCUAAUGGUCCUCCAGGUCUACCUGGUCUCUCUGGUAGAGUAGGACAGAAGGGUUCUAAAGGGAACCAGGGUCCCAUUGGUGCUAUCGGAGAUACAGGUCCUGCUGGCCCUCCUGGACCUCCUGGUCUCCCUGCGGUGGGUCUUCAGUCUCUCCCGGUGCAGGAGAGAGGAAGGAGGAGGAGGCAACACUCUUCCUUUGACGGGGCCGCUCUGGAAGACGAGGAAGAGCAAGAGGGGAUGGAGGGAAGGGAGGAGGGAGAGGAGGAGAGGAUGCAGGCAGACCAGGCAGGGCAGGAGGAGGAGAAAGAGAUGGAGGAGGUGUUUGCUUCUCUCUCUUCUAUGAGGACGGAGGUAGAGGGUCUGAGGACCCCCCUGGGGACCUACCAGUAUCCAGCCCGAACCUGCAAGGAGCUACAGCUGUUGUUCCCAAAGUACACUGAUGGUGAGUACUGGAUAGACCCUAACCAGGGUUGCCAUAGAGACUCCUUCAAGGUGUUCUGUAACUUCACGGCCGAUGGAGAGACAUGUCUGUACCCUGACAUGAAGUUCCAGUCGGUGAAGCUGAGUUCCUGGAAAGGAGAGAAACCUGGUACCUGGUACAGCCAGUUCAGGAAAGGAAAGCAGUUCUCCUAUUCCGGUUCAGAUGGCAGUCCGGUCCAUGUAGUCCAGUUGGUGUUUCUUAAGCUGUUGAGUGCUUCAUCCAGACAGACGUUCACCUACCACUGUCAGAACUCAGCCGCCUGGCUCCAUACCGCCACCUUCAGCCACCAGCACGCGCUGCGCUUCAGAGGGAGCAGUGGAGAGGAGCUCACGCACCAGGACACACACUACAUCACAGCACUGCACGACGGCUGCCAGUCUGCUUCAGGUCAGGAGAGGACGGUGUUAGAGUUUGAUGCCCCUCAGUCAGACUCUCUCCCCCUCAUCGACGUCUCUGUCUCCGACUUCGGACACAACAACCAGAAGUUUGGCUUCCAACUGGGUCCCGUCUGCUUCAACGGUUAACGGCAGCCCUCCACAGCCGGUAACCGGGAUGAGACGGCCGGUAACAGGGCUAACAUGCCCGGUAACAGGGUUGAGAUCCACGGACAUUUACACAGGGGAAACCAGGAGACUGACUGAUGCCGCCAGAGAGAUAUUUAUAUAGCUUUACCCCAGCACUCAUCCAUUCAUACUAACAGACACUCAUCCAUUCAUUCAUUCAUACUAACAGACACUCACCCAUUCAUCCAUUCAUACUAACAGACACUCAUCCAUUCAUACUAACAAACACGCAUCCAUUCAUACGAACAGACACGCAUCCAUUCAUACGAACAGACACCCAUCCAUUCAUUCCUACUAACAGACACUCAUCCAUUCCUACUAACAGACACUCAUCCAUUCAUACUUACAGACAUUCAUCCAUUCAUACUUACAGACAUUCAUUCAUUCAUCGAUUCAUACUUCGACAUUCAUCCAUUCAUACUAACAGCCUGGUAAUGGUGGACAUUGACAUAAGGAAAACCAAGAGACUUACUGAUGCCAUCAGAGACUGAUAUGUUUAUAGCUUUACACCAGGAUCUUUUCAGACUAACAUAUCCGUUUGUCAUUCAUUCAUACUUAGACACUCAUUCAUCCAUUCAUACCAGCAGACACUCAUUCACUCAUCCAUUCAUACUAACAGACACUCAUUCAUCCGUUCAUACCAGCAGACACUCGUUCAUUCAUCCAUACUUACAUACACUCAUUCAUUUUUUAAAUUUUACCUUUAUUUAACCAGGCAAGUCAGUUAAGAACAAAUUGCCUGUUCAGGGGCAGAACGACAGAUUUGUACCUUGUCAGCUCGGGGGUUUGACCUUGCAACCUUCUGGUUACUAGUCCAAAGCUCUAACCACUAGGCUACCCUGCCGCCCCAUUCAUGAAUUCAUCCAUUCAUUGAUUCGUCUAUUCAUAAUUACAGACACUCAUCCAUUCAUUCAACCAUUCACCCAUUCAUUCUAACAGACACUCAUUCAUCCAUUCAUUCCAGCAGACACUCAUUCACUCAUCCAUUCAUCCAUUCAUACUACACACACUCAUUCAUGAAUUCAUCCAUUCACUGAUUCCUCUGUUAAUACUUACAGACACUCAUCCAUUCAUUCAUCCAUUCAUUCUUACAGACACUCAUUAAUUAAUUCAUCCAUUGAUCGAUUCAUCCAUUCACACUUAGACACACAUCCAUUCAUCCAUACCUUCAUGCAUUCAUUCAUACAUUCAUUCAUCUAUUCAUCCAUACCUACAUUAAUUCAUCCAUCCAUCCAUACCUACAUUCAUUCAUUCAUUCAUUCAUACACACAGUACAUUGUCCAUUCACACAGUUGAUCACUCAUUCAUUCAUCCAUCAUUCCUACACUCACUCCUUCCUAUAUUCACUCAUUCAUCCUGAAACCAAAGAAGCACCUCUACAUCUGGGAAACAUUUCCACAACGUGUAACUAACGUUAAUUAGAUGCUGUAUUCCAACCUCAUGUUGUCCCCAUUCUGUGUUGUUGAUGUGUGUGUUUUUAUAUGAACAGUUUUCUGUUGUGUUCUAAUGUAUAUUUGUGUGAUACUCAACCAUGGUGCUACAGUCUUUUACUUGAGUAUGUUUAAUGUCAUGCAUGUCUUCCUUGUCAAAGGGAAAGGGAAGGCAGCCAUUUUGUUUUUGUAUUUGUAACAUAAUGAUGAUGAUGAACAACAUUCUUGUCAGGACAUUAGAGGAUUAUGAUGUCACAAUGCCUUUUUAUUCACACUUGUGGGAAAAUUAAAUAAUGAAUAACCUGUUUUAAUAAAAGUACACAACUGUUCCCCUGA